CGUACCCCCACAGUGCCAAGAUACGCUACACCUAUUCGCGACUCGCACUGUGUCAGCUAUUGGUCAUUGUAAGCGCCGGCUCUUAGUGUUACACUUAUGACGUUGAUUUGAAGAAUUCCACGAGAAACAGCAUCCUUCGCCUCCUGGGACAUUACCAACAGCAACAGAUACCCUUCUUCAGACGACACGUCUUCCCCUUUGUUCAGAGAAGUACCAGACGCCGUGCAUCUACUUCACCAGGUCGCACGUGGGAUUGGACGUCAAUUACACUCACAUUACGACACCCACAAUUUGAGGCAUCAGGGUUCAACAGUCACUACCACCACCACCGUGCCGCACAGUCUUUAAGCUUUGGGCUUGGCUUGGGCUUGUGCCAAUGUCUUCCCUCGUCUGCAGGUCCCCAUCUGUCAUCUCGACAUCUUUGCUCAUCCUCCCCUUGCUCAGACUAGCCGCACCUGCCCGGUCAGUCCAGACGUGCGCCCAAAGACAACCACAACCACAACAAACACGGCGAGCCUCUGGCCCUGUCGCCGUUAGGCGCUUCUCCGCAUCUCUUACCCUUAGCCGCAAGGUUGCGCCAACGGAGGCUGCCCAUAUCAAUGAGGUUCGGAAGACGAUAGCCGAUGAGUUCGCCCUCAUCAAAGAUGCUUACCAGUCACCCAAACACCCGGUAGUCCUAGCACAUGGGCUGUUAGGGUUUGCCGAAUUAAAACUCGGAGGGUCCUACUUGCCAAGCAUUCAUUACUGGAGAGGGAUACAGGAGGCCCUAACGGCCCAAGGGGCUGAGGUUAUCACUGCCUCCGUCCCUCCCAGCGGCUCUAUCGAGAAGCGCGCCGCCAAGCUGGCUCAGGAUAUCGAGGCUCAGGCACAGGGCAAGAGUGUGAAUGUGGUGGCGCACAGCAUGGGAGGACUUGAUGCCCGCUACAUGAUCUCGCAGCUCCAGCCAAAAGGGGUCGACGUCAAGUCUCUUGUCACAAUCGGCACACCUCAUCACGGGAGUGCCUUUGCUGAUUACUUGAUUGACGAACUUGGGCCCAACUACCUGCCUCAGGUUUACAAAGCCUGGGAGCGGGUUACCGGUUGGGAGCCAAGCGCUUUUUCCCAGCUGACGCAGAAGUAUAUGGCGGAGCACUUCAACCCAGCGACCCCUGAUGACCCAAACGUCCAGUACUUUUCGUACGGUGCCAUGGUGAACGGAAAGCCUCCAUUGCUGAGCAUGUUCAGGAUAUCUCACAAGCUGAUUGAGGAACGGGAAGGUCCAAACGAUGGACUUGUCAGCGUAGAAAGCAGUCAGUGGGGUACCUACAAAGGAACGCUCACAGGCGUUAACCACCUGGACCUGAUCAACUGGACCAACAGGAUUCGGUCUAAUCUUCAGAAGCUGAUGGGUCACCCACCUUCGUUCAACGCGGUGGCUUUCUAUCUUGGCAUUGGAGAUAUGCUGGCAAAGGAAGGGUUGUAAGUGCCAGAGGGCAUGAUGCAAUGACGCUUGAAUCACCGGCCUCUAGGUAUAACGAGUUGGACACGUAAUUUCGGUAAAGGCUUUGGGGCAUACAAUCACGAGCGAAUGAAGAAUUCAUAUCAUGGGCAGUCUGUAG